GUUUGCUGCCAGGGCCAUAGGAACUGAGUUUUGUUUGAACCUUACGUACAGCUUGGAAUAAUAAUCUCCAAAUCCUUACAAAUAAAAUAUCUUCCUCGGGUGCUUUUUCUUUUCCGUUCGUCGCAUGGAUGGAAUUUCAUUCACAAAAAAAGCAAAAGCCUUGUUUACUAGAAGGAACAACAAAUUAUAUGAUGAUGAUGAUGAUCCCUGACGAUGUGUUAUUAACCAACAUAUUCAUUCGAUUACCAGCCAGACAAGCUGCUAAGAUGAGGUCCCUUUCUAAAACCUGGAAUUCUCUCUUGCCUGACCCCUCCUUUAUCAAAUCCCAUCUCGAUCGGUCCAAGGAUGAAAUUCUGAUGGUGUUCGAACGCUAUUUUCAUUUAGAGAAGGUUCCAUUCACUGAACACACUAUUACUUACUGUCAAACGGAUGAUGUCCCAAUCACUAAUUCAGUCAAAGUAGUCCAUACGAGUAGCAUCUCCAACUCACUCUAUGGCUCUGUUAAUGGUUUAAUAUGCCUUCAUGGUAACCAAGGAGUUAAGAUUUGGAACCCUUCUCUCUCAGCCUUAAUGGUACUCCCACCAUAUAGAUUCAAUAAAGAUAUUUGUAUCGAUAUCCGCUUCGGAUUUGAUCCCAAAACGAACGACUAUAAAGUUGUCAAGCUUUCAUAUUUUGACGAGGACGACUUGGAUGGCGACUUGAUUUACAACUGGCUUCCCGUGGAGGUGUUCAGUCUUAGAAAAGGUUGUUGGGAAUCAAUUACCGAAAGGUUUCCACCCCAUAUUCAAACGGUUGAAUCAACUAUCACUAAGAAUGACGUUUUUGUAGAUGGACAUGAUGGUCGUCUUCAUUACCUUUGUACAACUGCUAAUGAUCUACCAACAGUAGUGGCCUUUGAUUUAGGUGAUGAAACUUUUAGCGAGAUAGCACUCCCAGAUGAUUGUUUUUACAGGGUGAAUGAGCUGGCAAUUCUGUCCCAAAAGCUCUGUGUAAUGUCAUGUCUUGCCAAUGGUGGCUGCGAGGUGUGGGUGAUGGAAAAUUAUGGGGUGGCUACUUCGUGGGUGAAACGCCAUGUAGUUCCAGAAUAUAAGGCUAAUAAGGUUAUUCCAAUUGGAUUCACUUUAAACAAUCAGUUCUUGUUUGGACAUGGUAUGAAUCUAUCAUUGUACGAUCCAGAAGCAUCCUCAUUUAGAUGUUUCAAGGGUGCCGCAUUGUUAAGUUCAAAUCAGUAUAAUGAGGGUAUGGAUCCAUUUACCAACUCAGCCAAAGUUGUUCCAUAUGUUGACAGUCUCGUUUGGGUGAACACCCUCUAAGUGGGGCUAUAAUAAUGAUCAACCAGUUGGAUUUACUUUAAACAAUCAGUUCCUAUUUGGACAUGGUAUUCAUCUAUCAUUGUACGAUCCAGAAGCAUCUUCAUUUAGAUGUUUCAAGGGUGCCCCAUUUUUAAGUUCACAUCAGUUUAAUCAGAGUAUGGAUCCAUUUAUAACCUGCUCAGCCAAAGUUGUUCAAUAUGUUGAUAGUCUCGUUUGGGUGAACACCCUCUAAGUGAGUCUAUAUAUAAUGAUGUCUACAUCAAGAAACAACACUUAUCGGAUGGUUGAUUAUCGAACGAAUUAAUAACACUACAAGAGGCAACACUUAUUGGAUGUCUGCUGCUUUUAUUUACUACUUCACAUAAGUAUUACAUCAAUUUCUAAUUUAUUCCUUCACACACUAUUUCAAUUCGUUAGCGUGAUGUGUUAGCAACAUUGUUUAUGUAUUUUGAUGUUUAAUUAAAAAUAAAAAAAUAAUUAU